CUUCCUGGAAACACCCCAGAACCUCCAGUCUCUGUCACCAUGUGCAACUCCUCUUGUGGCUCCUGCUGCUCUGGCCAGGGCUGUGGCUGCUGCCAGCCCAGGUGCUGCCAGACCACCUGCUGCAGGACCACCUGCUGCCGCCCCAGCUGCUGUAGCUCCAGCUGCUGCAGCCCCUGCUGUGGUGGUUCCAGUGGCUCCAGCUGCUGCUGCCCCACCUGCCUCCAGACCACGUGCUGCAGGACCACCUGCUGCCGCCCCAGCUGCUGUGAGUCCUGCUGUGGUGGUUCCAGUGGCUGUGGCUCCAGUGGCUGUGGCUCCUGCUGCUGCCAGCCCAUUUGCUGUAGGACCACCUGCUGCAGGACCACCUGCUGCCGCCCCAGCUGCUGUGGCUCCAGCUGCUGCAGCCCAUGCUGUGGUGGCUCCAGUGACUGUGGAGGUUCUAGUGGCUGUGGCUCCUGCUGCUGCCGCCCCACCUGCCUCCAGACCACUUGCUGCAGGACCACCUGCUGCCGCCCCAGCUGCUGUGGGUCCUGCUGUGGUGGCUCCAGUGGCUGUGGCUCCAGUGGCUGUGGCUCCUGCUGCUGUCGCCCCUGCUGCUGUGUCUCCACUUGCUGCCACCCUUGCUGCUGCCGCCCCAUCUGCUGUAGGACCACCUGCUGCCCCCCCAACUUCUGUGGCUCCUGUUGAUGCGCCCUAUGUGCUGACAGUCUGAGCUGCCGGCCCCCUUUUUCCCAGCCACCCCAGGGGCUACAUGUCAGCUCCUGCAGGCCCUCCUGCUGCAGCCCCAGAAGCUGCCAGAACCCCUGCUGCACAUCCCAGAGCUGCCCUCACUUGCUGGGCUUCCAGCUGCUGCCCCCCUGUUUGUCUCCAGUCCACCUGAUGCUCCCAGUCUGCUCUAGUGGUUCCUGCUGCUGAGAUCUGACCUUAUCUCUGUUCUUCAACCAGUGUCCUCCAAGGCCUCAUCUCUCAGCCCCCACAGGAUGGAGCAAUGGGACACUCCCCUCCCCCACUGCCUGCUCAGUCCCUGACCAAUGUCAGCCUCCCUCUACUCUCAUCUUACCCCUUUGGAUAUUAUUGCUCUCUGACUUGCUGUCUCAUGUGGACAUAGACCUGCAUCUUCAAUAAAUAUACAA